UCCACACACGAGUUCGCACUAUCUUUCGCUCGCAACUUCGCUUGCUCCCUCGAUCACACCGCCCCCAGCAUGUCUUGCCUGACACCUUCCUGACACAUUCAGGCUACACGGGAAGUUGCUUCGAGGCCAAGGAGUAGCAUUUCUAUGCGGAUCGUGAGAAGCGGAUCGUAAGUAGCGGAUCGUAGAAGGGGAACCGUACAACAGGGAAGUUGAAGAGCUGGUGUCCUCUUUAUGGGAGUUGAACAUGCGUUUCCGGUGGCCCGCUAAUCCGAAGAAGCGGCGAAGGUCCUUCUCUCGAGCGACGCUCAUAAAACUCGCUGUAGCACUUUUCCUCGCCUGCGAAGCCCUUUACUUGGUAACCACCCGUUUCGCCUUCGCGCGGCCUCCUGCAGCGGUAGUCGUCGACUUCGCUCGAACCCUUUUCAACGGCCGGUGUGUGCGGGGGCUCUCGUGCGUCGGAAACGUGGUCAACGCCGCCGCGCCGCUCGACUUUCCGGAAGCGUGUGCGGACGUCCUUGGGGCUCCGCGCUGGCGUGAGUGGCCCUGGCGGUACCGUACAACGGGGAGCCAUGCCGCGUUCAUGCGCCGACUCGGGAGGUUCUUCGGACGCCACGACGCGACGCCGAACGCUACUACCUGCAGCGCCAGGCUGUGCCGUGCGCUGCAGCAGUGGGCCCAGCUCGCGCGAGAGCGGGAGCCACGCACGAAAGACGAUUCGCUCAAAGACGAUCCGCUAAAGGACGAUUCGCUAAAAGGCGACCCAUUACCGGAGGAGGAGGUGGCGAGGCAGCAGGCGGCGGGCGUGGGGCAGGUCUGCACGGAGGCGUGGCGGAGCGGCGUGAUGGCGCGAGUCGGCAGCAGCAAGUUCAUUCGGCGGCUGGUGGCGGAGGGAGAGACGAGCCUGGCGAGCAUCACAGCGGGGAUCGACGCCGUGUGCGCGCCAUGCAAGCACGUGGAGGCCACGCUGCUGGACAGGAGCAGCAAUGCCACGUCAGCAUGUGGCGAUUGGCCGGAGGAGUGCUGGCCUGUGCCUCGCAUGCCGUUCUCCUCACUCUCUGACUUCCCGCGCCGCAAGUACCUGGUUUUUGCCAUGUCAGAGGAGCAGCUCAGCAACGCGCGCACGCACAUCGUCGAGGCAGCCCGCCUUGCCCGCAUGGCCAACCGCAUCCUCGUUCUGCCCAAUGCCAGCCGCAGCCAUCUAUCGCUGGGCAGAGCCCUGCCCCUCUGCACCUACUGGGAUUUCUCUCAGCUCUCAGCUGAGUAUGAGUGGGUGUCGCCGCACUUCUUCCUCCUACUCGCCCGCGCCACUCUCGCCAACCCCUCUGUUGGGUUCGUGUGGGUGGAGUCCCCGUACCUCAAUCGCACUGUCUUCCACUAUGAUAGGGUGACCGAUUUCCUCGGGCAGCUGCUGGCGUUUUCAGCUGGACACGUGCCCCUGGAAAGCAACACCCUGCAAGUGAGAAUGCCAGCGGCGAAAGACGACCUCGCACGCAUGUUACAGGCGUGGCGCGAGCGCGACAUAGUGGUGUGGUUCAAAACGACGUGGGAGCGCGUGCACUUUGACCGCAGCUCCGACGACCUCGCUCUGCCACUGCUGCCCUACCGCUCCGACCACCACGCCACCGCCGCCCGCCUGCUCGCCCUGCUGCCGCGCCCCUUGAUCGCCAUGCACUUCCGCUCCGAGUUUGUUGCCUUCCGCGUGCAAGAUGACACGAGUGCCGGAGGGGAGAAGGCGAACGCGUCCAUGCUGCAGCAGAGGCUGGAGUGGUGCGGUGGGGAGGCGGAGAAUCUCAUCACGCAAGUCAAGGCCUCCCUCACCCACCCAUCCUCUGCUGCGCCUGCUGCUUCUACUACGGCCGCUAACAGCGGGGAUCUUCCCAGCAGUAGCGGCGGCACGAGCAGCAGCAGCAGCAGCAGCGGCGGCGGCGGCAGCAGCAGGGUGUCGGUGUUCAUCGCAGCAGACGUGCCGUUCAAUGCGUCCACAACACCGGCCCGGUCGGACUCAUGGGAGGAGACGGUGCAGGCAUAUGGGGGCGACCAGCUGGUGGCUCAGCUGCCCUUGGCUGCUCUGCGGCGGCUGCGGGAGAACGUGAAUGGCACUGUCAUGAUAGACGAGCUCAUGCCGCAUGUCAAUACCCUCGACCCAGGCAUUGUGGGAAUACUGGACAAGCUGGUGUGUGCGCAUGCCGAUGUGUUCCUCGCAGGGUCGUGGAAUUGCGGAGGCGGCAGGGGGUACGAGUCUGACAUUGUGAGGCACCGCCGGCAGCUCAACUACUCUGAUGACACUCUCACACGAUGGGGGGAAGGGUGAUGUGGCGUGGCCACAAAUAUUUUCUUUCAAUUGCACGAUUGUGUAAUGUACCGGUAAUGUGUUAUGGAGUGGAAUCAACUACACAGACACUUAGGAGUGCACCAUGCGCUUGCUGUGAACCAUGCUGUGUUACUGGUACGUGAGGACAAGUUGAUUAAUCAGAAUGAAGUGCACACAUAUAUGUAGGUAGAUUUAUCCACCCUCUCGCCCCUUCCUCCGUUCUUAAUCCUACAAGA